AUGUCUUUGAAAACCUACGGAUACUGGUCGGGCAAGCUCAAGGGCGUCGAGCUCCCCGAUAAUGCCACAGAUCUCCACGCUCUCAUCGAGUUGGACACUUCAACCGGUCAAGAGGCCACCCAUGCUUCCAUCAACAUUCGCUCCAAACUCUUUAUCGAAAAAUCUCGGCUCGUUUACUGGCUUUUUCAAGGGUUCCAAAAACCAGACGACGCGUCUUUUCUGGAACGGGGCUGGCAUGAGGUUAUCCAGCUGGCUUGUCUAAAUCACCGCGAGACCAGUCUCGACUAUCUCCGGCUUGACAAAGGUAGCCAUUUAGAAAGCGCGGAAAUGCUCCGUAGAGCGGAUGAUAUCGGCGAUUAUCUGGAGCAUCUUAUCAAUAACGCCAUUGAAAAGGACGCAGUUGCUCAUAUCUUCGGCCAACUCGAUCGCAAGCGGAAGCUGAUCCACGAUGUUCACAUGAAUCAAGGGAGUUGCGACGAAUUCUAG